AUGUUCUUCAAAUACCUGCCGUCCGCGCCCCGACCCGUUACGGUGUACAAGGCGCCGGGCAUCACUGUGGACGUGUCAUCCUCGGGGCUACACCAGGUGGUACUCUCCCGCCUGGACCACCGCGGCUCGGGCACUCUACGCUGCGAGGUUCUGAGCGAUCACACGUUUGAAAAGGACGCAAAGGAUGCCAACUUGACCGUCGUGGACCCUCCCUCCCACGGGCCAACCAUCACAGGCGUCAGGGAGAGAUACAAGAUAGGGGACCUCCUGCUUGUCAACUGCUCGGCCGGUCACUCCCACCCUGCCACCCUGCUGUCCUGGGCCAUCAACGGGGAGAGGGCGUCCCACGAAACCGUAGUGCAGUACCCGGGUCAUAGGGACAAAGAGGGGUGUACCGCAUCCUGGUCGGGGCUACAGAUGGUCCUGACGCACGCACACUUCAGGAACGGCGUGCUUAGACUUAUGUGCCGGGCUUCGAUUCCACGCGUGUAUGCAAGCUCGGCUCACGUGGACAUACCCGACCCGGACCACAGACAACCGUACCCCCCGCCGCUAGAGGGGGCAUCCACUGGGGCAGCCCCCUGA